AUGACGGUCUGCAAAGAGACAGGCAAGUUGAUCGAAGCAGGAUUCGACGGCCGACGCCUCGCUGCAGCACGGCCACCGCCCGGCCCCGAAGAAGCGCAUGACGAGGCGGGAGACGGUGACCGUCGAGGACUGGGCGGAGACUUCGCGCGGAUGAUGCUCAAUGAAGACCUGGGUGAGGCCCUGAGCGAGGUGCUCACGGCGGAGGACGCGGAGGCGGGCACGCUCGAACAACUGUCCGAUGAGAGCGACUUCCGGCUCGAGUACAACUUCGAGGAGAUCCAGGUCGCCGUCGGCGAGCAGGCACGAGAUCUCGAUGAGGACGAAUGGCUAGAGGACAAGGAGAUGAGCGUCGUGAAGACCGUAGGCGUGCCGAUGAGGCAUUUCUGGAUCAUGGCGCUGGGCCUCUUCUUCUCCACGCUGUUCAUCUUCCUGUUACUGCGCAUACUGAUGAAGGAGAAAGCCAAGCCGGUGGAUGAGGACGACUUCGAGCCGGACGCGGACGACUUCUGGGUUAUGCCACAUGUUGCGAAUUUCACGAGGGCCCUCGUGGACGAGUCGCGGGGCUUCCUGGCGCCCCCCUGGUCGUCGCAGCAGUUCCGCUCCUAG